AUGAGUUCAUUUUCCUUUCCCGUCUGCUCUCACCAUCUUCACACAGCGAUUCGGAAACCGAGAUCUCCAGAUUUCAAUUUACAAAGAAAACCUAGACUUCUCUGCCUCCAUGGCUUCCGAACCAGCGGCGAAAUCCUGAAGAAGCAGCUCGGAAAAUGGCCGGCGUCCGUCCUCGAUCAACUCGAUCUCCAGUUUCUCGACGCUCCAUUUCCUGCACUAGGAAAUUCCGAUGCUGAAAGAUUUUUCGAUCCUCCCUAUUUCGAGUGGUUUCAAUUCAAUGCGGACUUCACAGAACAUAGAAAUCUCGAGGAGUGUCUCUCGUUCAUCGAGGAUUAUAUGCUUAAUCACGAACCAUUUGAUGGACUCCUCGGUUUCUCACAGGGGGCGACGUUAUCGGCCGCGCUACCGGGACUUCAUGCUUUUAGUAGGCCUAGUAUUUCAGGCAAUUGCAAUGGCUUCUUUGACAAUAACAUAGCUAUCUAUCUAUUUAGUAGACUAGAGUCUAACAUGUGGCUGACUCCAAACAUAAGUGAUUAUACAUGCGUAAACAUGAUAUCAAAAUGA